AUGGCUCUCUUCGGAUCCAACUCAGCAGCAUCGGUGAACGGGGCUCUUCAGCCCCGUCUAUCAACCCUUUCGACCAUGGCAAUGGCCUUUGCCAUUCUCAACACUUGGAUUGCUCUUGCCGGUUCGAUAGGUCUUGUCCUGCCGUCAGGUAGCUCCGUGGCACUUCUUUACGGCUUCAUCUUCUGCGUUAUAUGCUGCUUCUGCGUGGCUGCCAGCCUUGGCGAGCUCAGCUCCAUCUGGCCAACGGCUGGAGGGCAGUACCACUUUGUCUACGCUCUUUGCACUGAAAAAUGGAGAAAGCCAGUGGAUUACUUCGGCUCCCAGUUUAUAUCCGCCGCUGCAGUAGUGGCAUCCAACGGAGCUUACCAAAUUACACCGGCGAGAACAUAUGGGAUUUUUGUGGCAGUCCUCGUCUUCACAACCGUUGCCAACAUCUGGGGUAAUAAGAUACUCGGCAAAUGGAACGAUGUUGCUUUGUACUGGUCCAUAUUCGGCGUCGUCAUCAUCAGCAUCGUUCUGCUCUCCAUGUCAGACAAGACAAGCGCAGAGUUCGUCUUCACCGACUUUAACAACGAGACUGGGUGGUCUGAUGGCAUGGCCUGGAUUCUGGGUCUGCUUCAGUCUGCUCUCUCCCUCAUUGCAUUCGACGUUGUCCUACACAUGACGGAAGAGAUGCCGCAUCCGGCUCGAGAUGCUCCUAGAGCUAUGCUUUACUCCAUCGUCAUCGGUGGUGUCACGGGCUUUGCCUUUAUCCUCGUUAUGCUCUUCUGCCUCGUCGAUGCGGAGACUGUCCUGGCCACUCCCACGGGCAUGCCCAUCGUCGAGCUCAUCUUUCAAGCAACAAAGAGCCGAGCCGCCGCUACCAUCCUCAGCCUGAUGCUCAGCGUUUGCUUCAUCAACGGUACAAAUGCCAGCAUCACCAGCGUCAGCAGAUUGCUAUACGCCAUGGCCCGUGACCGCGGCAUCGUCUUCCAUAAUUACUUUUCUCACAUCCAGUCAGGCCUCAACGUGCCUGUCCGGACCAUCAUGUUCUGUUUUGUCUUCAACAUCCUCUUCGGUCUCUUGUAUCUGGGGCCGGUUGUGGCUUUCAGCGCAUAUGUUGCAUCUUGCACAAUCUUUCUGAACGUGUCCUACGCCAUUCCCAUUAUUGUCCUUCUCAUCCGUGGACGGAAAGUGCUCGACCACUACCAGACUGCAAAGACACCCUUUAAGCUUGGAAAGACGUUUGGCCUGGUUGUUAAUAUUGUUGGUGCGCUUUAUGUGGUUGUCACUUCAGUGUUCUUCUGCUUUCCCACAUUUCUUCCAGUCACUGGCAACAGCAUGAACUACGUUUGCGUUGUUAUCGGCAUCUUCGGCAUAGUUGUCGGGAUAUAUUGGCUCCUCUUUGGGAAGACAUUCCUGGGCCCCCAAGAUUUGGUCAUGGCAGAUUUUGAGGAUGUUGUUGGCCGUCCCGUCUCCACGCAAGCUUCAAGCGAGGAGGACAGGGCCGAAAAAGGCGCCAAAUGA